CUCAAAAUCUGCGGUUCAGAAGAGCUCGCAUAGAAUAGAGAUGAUGGCCUUGUGGUUCUUCAUCCUUCUUCAGAUAUGUGCUCUCGCCGAAUCUCGGCCCACAGGUGAAGUUAACCGAACCGACCUGCACAAAGCCAUGGCCGACAUGAGAAUGAAGUCCUACCAUGGCUUUGUCAUCCUUCUCCAAAUGCUCAACACUUACCCCGACGCACUCCAUGGCUCUAAUAUCACCUUCCUAAUGCCAAAUGACCAGCAGCUGUCCAAGGCCUCGGUGAGUCGGAAAGAUCUACAAGAUUUCAUCCUCAGCCAUUCGAUCCCCGUGCCACUCCCGAUGACCAACCUGGUUCACUUCCCCAACAGGACUCUCCUACCCACAUGCCUUCCCAACCGGAUGAUCAGCAUCACGAACAACGGGAGGUCAGGCAUGUUCGUGAACAACGCCAGGAUUGUGAACCCAGACGUCUGUCUGUGUUCUCUGAUUCGGUGCCACGGUAUUAGCGACACGCUCAUGUUGGAUGCUUCCGAGUAUUCCCCCCAUCAUGUUGCUAAUGAAGAGUCGAAAAGGUUCAAUAGACGAAACCAAGCCAAAUCUGCUGCAACUGUUUGGCCGAAAAGAUCAACUACCGUCCAUUAAUCCUGGCAGUUAGCUUCUUCUAGUAAUUUCUAUUCUGUCGAAUAAGAUAGAUGUGGGUAUCAUCCAUGGCAAGCUUAAAAUUGUCCCGGUGACAGUAAUAAAGUAAUGUUGACGACAAUGCUCACAAGAACUUUCAAUCCCAGAACCAUGGACAAACCCACUGCUCUGCAAAUUUGUGAACUCUAGUGAAGAUUUAGUCUUUUAUCAAGCAUAUACAACGAUUGGAAACGGCAAAAGUUCUUUAUUUUCUGUUACUUUACAGUGGUGCUACAGAUGUGAAUUGACAACAUAUUCCUGGUGGCUUUGCCGUCUCAAAAUCUAGUUCUUGCCCAAGCAAUCCAGACAGA